CAACACACGUCCAUUUCCACAUCACAUGCAAUGUUGCUGUUGGUAGCGGUCGCGUGUCUUGCGCUGUGCAACGGAGCCCUGGGAGGCCCCUGCCGAGGCCUGGCCCGAUACAAGAUCACCCUCGUCACGUCCUGGACUGCCACACGGUUCCCUAGACAGUACCCGCGCUGGAGACCUCCUGCUCACUGGUCAAUGCUCGUAGGCAUGAGCCACACCGAGGCGGCACGACUGUGGCAGUUGGGCUCCCCGGCGUCGGAUGCCUUGGCACAGUUGGCCAAUGACAACCGCUUUGGCCCCUCGGUCCUGCUCUCGUCAUUGGUACAAGGGAAACGCGGCAUCCUGGACUCCUUCCAUGCUCCUGGAAUCUCCAAGGGCAGCGGCUACACAGCCACGACUUUCUUUGCAGAUGCUCUUCACACCAAGGUGUCCGCCGUUGCCCGGCUGGUGCCCAGCCCCGACUGGUUGGUCGGUGUAGAUAGCGUGGACCUAUGCCCUGACGGCCAGUGGCGCGACUCCUUCCAAUUGGAAGCCGACGUGGUAGACGCUGGCACGGAUCUGGGGCUCACGUUUACGGCGCCCAGAUGGAAGGCCGAACCGCGGGAAAACAUGACGAGAAUCACGUCCCGACACCCUGCCCACCCAGCAUCUUCCUUCUACUAUCCACAGCUGAACAAGCUGCCUCGGAUUGCAGCCUUCCGUUUUCGAAGGCAGCAAUCUUACAGCCUGAAGCAGAGCAGCCCACAGGAAACAGCGCAUCUGAAGCAGAGCGCGUCGGUACAGUUCCCUGUGAAGUCGGCCAAGGACGCACGGAUCGGACGCAAGGACAAGGAUCCCCCAACGAGCAACAUGCUGCCACGCCGGCAGGCAGAUCGCUCGGAAAUAGCGCACCACACCACCACCACGUGGAGCAGAGCAGCCGGAGCCGACCCGAUGCCUGGCUUCCUCCAGCGCCAAUAG